CUUUACAUUUAAUCUUGACUCUGAAUCUUCAGUUACAUAAUUUUGUGUUCCAUUAUCUAAGAUGCACUGUAAUAUCCCUCAUACAUUUUCAUUAAUCUUAUGCAGAGCAUGUGCAACAGCUUGCGAUUUUCCUUCAUUCUGCCUCUUCUCAUUAUUUCCCAUUAACAUGAUUAUUCAUUGUGUUUAUCACCUUUUUGCACCUAGUCUCUCUCUGCCUUGUGAGUGGGCUGAAUCCUCUGUAAGUAGUCCAGUAACCUACAGCAACAGAGGAUCUGGCUCCAAGUUCGUUAUUAGGAAAGGCUUGAGAUGUCAUCUUUAAGACCUAUCUUUUGCAGAAGAAUGGUGAGGUAUAAUUAUGACUAAGGCUGUCCUCUUUAAUUUAAUUAAUAAUAUAAUUUACUAAUUGUGACCAGGCUGUCCUUUUAUGGUCAGAAAACCAGUCCGUAUCAGUGCAAGGCUCUGACUUGUUCCCCUGCUGCUCGUCCUGCCUCAAACACCCUGCAGGACCUCUCAAAGGACCUCUAAGCCCUAUCCCAUUCUCUGUUUCCCAGUUUGGAAAGCAACAGCCUGGAAGGCAUUUCAGUAUCCAUUUCCACUGGCAACUCAUCAAUUGAUCCCAGCUUAUCUGUCUGUGCAGCAAGUGUUAAAUGUGCACAGUUCUUGUUCUUCCUCACUGUGUCACCAAUACCUCCCAUGGCCAAGUCAGGGCUAAUGACAACUGAGUCACUAUAGAACACAUCCAUCUGUUCAAGAUUUGCUACCAGGAGUGCAACAUAUUUUAGCUGCAGCUCACUUAUGAGGCAGAUCAGCGUGCUCUCAGAACCUACAUGCUCAAGCUGCCCUUAGUUACACAUGAUUACCUGCCCUGCCAGGAAGGGUCAGGUGGCGUUUGAGCACAAAGGGAACUUAGGCAGCAGCCAGGCUGGAGAGGCUGCACGUAUCCACAGGUGUUCACUGGUGCUGGGACUGGCCAGCUCUGACCCCAGCUAUGGAUUACUGUGGAAUGCCCCAGAGCCUUCUCUGUGUGUUUAUCUAGCAAUAAGAAAAAAGGUAAAACUGUUUGGAAAGGUAGUAACUUGAGAAGCAAAAUGUACUCACGUAUUUAAAGACAAAUUUUGAGUUGGGACAGAAUCUGGGUUUGUCUGUUCACUGCCUGUUUGCAGCAGUGAGGAGCCAGCCCAGGCACACAUUCUGAGAGCUCACAGGAGACAUAAGGACCUUUUAAAAACAAUUUUUGAUAUCUUUUCCCCCUUUCCACUGACAUGAAGCUGAUGUUUCUUUUUAUUUCUCUGAAGAAGAAAAGAAGACAAAAAAAAAACCUUCUCUGGUAAUUUGUAUCAUUGCAUUUCUAGUCUCCAUGGAAACCUAUGUGGUGCUCCACAGUUGGGUAAGAUUUGAAUCUGUUGCAGCAGAAAUCAGAUGGAGGGAAGACUGGGUUAUACACCUUGACUGUUAAUCAAUUAAAAGUGGUUUUGAAAUUAUUUUCACCUUGUGUUGCAAUCUUUACUCAGAGUAACAGUAUAAAUCAAAGUAAUCAAAUUAAGCUAGUGUGACCUGAUCCUAUGUACACCUAUGCAUGUAACUCUGUCACUCAGUUUGAUUCUGAUGGGCAUUGACAUUAAUUUGGAAGAAUUCUUUGUUUUUAGUAGGAUUAUAAGGAUUAAUACUAUGGAAACUGAACACAUAAUAACAAACUGUUGUCAUGUUGAGUCUAUUAAAAAGAGGGGCAGUAACAAUUGCCUUGUUGUGAUUUAUGUAAGCAAAACAUUUUAAAAAUUAAGAAUCUGAAUUCCUUAUCUUUUGCUGUCUUCAUUCUUGUUCUUCCACUUCUAAGGAAAAAAUACAUCCCCAAACUGGUUUCCUCUGAAAAGAUGUGGUAACUUCAUCUACCUGCUGCUUCUUUACUCCAAGCUUUAUGAACUUGAACACAAAGGCACAUCAUCUUAUUGGGACAGCAGAAGGUAACAUAGAGAAGUAAUAUACAGAGGGAGACCAAUCUGUUUUGUGACCACAGUCAACCCAUGAAGAGUGAGGGCUCUCAGCCACAUAAAAGUAUUUACUGCAUUUGCUUCAGAAUACUGUGGAGAAAAUGUAUGCUAGCCGAGAGGAUAUUGGAUAUGAUUUUGGGGAUGACUCAAAAGUUGGAAGUAAGCCAAUUAAACCUAAUCCAAACAUCGAUGGAGGAUGGGCUUGGAUGAUUGUACUUUCCUCUUUCCUUGUGCACAUUCUCAUCAUGGGUUCCCAAAUGGCCCUUGGAAUACUCAACAUGGAAUGGCUUGAAGAGUUUAAUCAAAGUCGUGGCUUAACAGCGUGGGUUAGCUCCCUCAGCAUGGGCAUCACGCUUAUUGUAGGUCCUUUUAUUGGUUUAUUCAUCAGCAUGUGUGGGUGCCGCACGACAGCCAUAAUUGGAGGGAUCCUGAAUGCCCUGGGCUGGAUACUGAGUGCCUAUGCCUCAAAUGUGCACUACCUCUUCCUCACCUUUGGACUGACAGCUGGCAUUGGAAGUGGCAUGGUUUAUCUACCUGCAGUGGUCAUGGUAGGGCAAUAUUUUCAGAACAGAAGAGCACUUGCACAAGGGCUCAGUACCACAGGAACGGGGUUUGGAGCUUUCCUAAUGACUGCCUUAUUGAAGUACCUCUGCACUGAAUUUGGGUGGAGGAAUGCCAUGUUCAUCCAGGGAGCCAUCUCCCUGAACCUUUGUGUCUGCGGGGCACUCAUGAGACCGCUCUCUCCCAAAGAGCUCCGUGAAAAAUAUGUGGUGAGAAAUGAUAGCGAAGAAAAUCAGGCAAAAGCUCUGUCCCAUUCUACAGAGACUAUAAAAUCUAAUGGAGUCCUUGGUGAAGAACCAGAGAAAAAAGAAGAGGCAGCAAAUGAAGAAGUGCUUGGCAAUGUGCAGCACACAGAAAUUGGAGGUAAAUCUGGAAGUGGAAGGAGCAUGUAUGGACUGCGCCUCUUUAAGACAGUGAGCCAGCUGACAAUUACAGUCAGGAAGGGCUUUGCACUCUGGUACUCCAGCUACUUUGGAGCUGCAUCACUGUUUACCAAUAGAGUAUUUGUGGCCUUUAUCAUUUGGGCUUUGUUUGCCUAUAGCAGCUUUGUCAUUCCCUUUAUUCACCUUCCAGAAAUAGUCAAGCAGUACAACUUAUCUAGGCAGGACAAUGUAUUUCCUUUGACAUCCAUUAUAGCCAUUGUUCAUAUUUUUGGUAAAGUGAUCCUUGGAAUCAUCUCUGAUCUGCCGUGCAUCAGCACAUGGAAUGUCUUCCUCAUGGCUAACUUUACCUUGGUCACCUGCAUUCUUACUUUGCCACUAAUGCAGACAUACAUUGGCCUGGCUGUGGUUUGUGCUCUAAUAGGAUUUUCUAGUGGCUAUUUUUCUCUAAUGCCUGUUGUGACUGAAGAUUUAGUUGGAACUAAACACCUUGCAAAUGCCUAUGGCAUCAUCAUUUGUGCCAAUGGAAUAUCUGCUUUGUUUGGACCACCCUUUGCAGGUUGGAUCUAUGACAUCACACAAAAAUACGAUUUUUCUUUUUACAUAGCUGGAUUGCUAUACAUGGUGGGAAUAAUAUUUUUACUUUUACAGCCUUGUAUUCAAAAGAAACAGUCAAGAGAAAAAUCUACAGAAGAAGCACAAGUAUAGAACAAAUUCCAGAACUUUUUUACAGAACUUUUUUGGUUUUGUGUUUCUCUUGUGUGACAGUAUGAAGAUGUUUUUCAUAUAGAACCAACCACAUUUAGCUGCACUUAAUUGAAAAGCAAAUGUGCUCCAUAAGGCUUAUAAAUUAUUUGAAGUGUGCUUUUAAAAUAGUUAAUAUAUUUUACUUUAUAACUACCAAAUACAGUGAUUAAAAGCACACUGCUAGUACUUCAAUAUUAGAACAAUGCUAAGAACACUUACCCUUGCUUCUCUUUUAAUAUUUCACCAUUAACCAUUGGUGAAAAUCCACUGACUGCAAUGCAGUUACUUUGAUUUACAUUAGUCCUAUGAGAGAAUUUGGUCAGGACAUGAAUGAUUUAUAAAAGUCCUUUCUACUAUGUAUUCAAGCUGAUGAAAGAUUAGUUACUGGGUAUUAGAAAAUGAUUGUAUUUCUUGCCUGGCUAGUCAAGUACUGUUGAAAUACUAUUAUAAUAAUUCCAUUAAUUCAGUGUACUAAAAUUACUAUUUCUGUGAUGCAAAUCUGAAGAAAAGGUCUCAUAUAUUUCUGAAGUGAUUCAGUUGGACUCAAUAGGUCCCUCCCAACCCAGUAUAUUCUGUGAUUCUACUUCAAUGAUUUUUAAUUUUGUUUUUUUAAAGUAUCAACUGCAUCUAAAGUAGCCAUCCUCAAUACAUAGGCUACAUUUUAAAUGCUGUGACACUUAAUGCACCUGAAGUAGAAAAAACAAUAAAUGCAGAAACAGGAAACAUAUGGAAAAUAUCACUGUGACUGGAAAAUGUUUCCAGAAACAGUUUGAGUUCUUUGGCCCCUUUACCUAAUUAGAGUUAUUGUAGAAUUUAAUAACAUUGCCACUGAUUCUUUCCAUGGGAAUGAACUCUACUAUAGCACACUAAAUUUUGUUAUAAUUUAAUUUAAUUGUUCACCAACUUUGUUACAUGUGAGCAGUCGUGUUGCUGCUUGUAAUGUAUCAUGAACUGACUAAGAUUCAUCAUGUCUGAGGAAUUUAUUCUCUAGAAAAUGAGAUACUACAGAGCAUGGAAUAGCUAAAGAGCAUUUAAAAUACUAAAAUAAAUUUUCUUAACAUUAAGGGUCUGGUAACCUGUGCAGAAGGUGGUGUGUGGUGGUUGAGGGCAUAUUUUUUUCAGCUUUGAGAGGUGAGUCUGAUGUUAAUUUUCCUAUCAAAUAAGAACCACUGUAAGUUUUCAUCCUCUUUAUGAAAUUUCUUUGCAUGACAAAUCAGGUUCUUAGUUUAAUAUUUCUACGUGCUGCUGGAAUUCCUUAAAAAGCAAUUGAAACUAUUUGAUUAUACUGAAGAACUAUUGGGAAACAGUUCAGUUCACAACAAUAUCAAUAUCCUUAUCUUCUUUAUAGCUGCAAGGUUGGUUAAGAAAAAGUUCUGAAUGUGUAUCGUUCUAUAUUGCAAUUCACCAGCUUCUUAGUGUUGCACUUCUACAACUCUUGGCAGGGACAUACUUUAAAGUAUUCCUUAAGGACCACUGAAGUCAGCCAAGUUAAAAAAUAAAACCUUAAGGAACUCUGAAUUAGUUUAAGAUUUAUAUCAGUGCAAUCAUAUAGGGUAGUUAUGUACGGCCUUUAAAAUUCACAUAAGACAACUGAGGUGGCACUGAACUGCAACACACGGUGUGAACACACAGUCAGUAACUUCCUAAAAUCAACUUUUUUUAUUGGAGAAAAUGUGCACGUAAAUUUUCACAUCAGUUCUUUGUUACAGGUUAAAUGUCUUCUUGGUGGGAAUGCUGCUGAUGGCUCAUUUGAACUGAGCUGUCUUUUAUUGGUGAAAUAUAUAUUGUAGUGAUGAUUUCCCUCAUUUGCCUUUUUUUUAAAAAAUAUGUAUCCUUCAUACAUAGAUCUUCACUUUGUCUUUUGUCAAAAGCAACGUUAUUUGCAUAUUACAGUAAUAAAAAAUAUGUUGUUCA